CAAACAGCUUUGCCAUGUGAAUGUGUUGCCUGACGCGAGAGCUUCGUGUCCUCUUCUUCUUGUGUCUUCAAUGAAUGACGAUGAAAAGACGGCUGCUUUUCUCGACCUGCGAAAGGAAUGGACACGACGCUCGUGGAUUUCAUGGACAUGAGUUUGCAGCGAGGAGACUUGAGCUUCAUCUUUAACGGACACCUCAGACCCAACGUCUCCUUGGUCGUCCUUGACAACGAACUUAAGGUGUUCCAGAGAAUACGAUGUGAGCAGCCCUGUGUAAGGAGGGAGUCCAUCCAGCCCCCACCCCCCUCUCCUGUCAGCUGGGACGAGUACGUCACCGCACCUUCUGGAAGGUGGCCACACCUGGGCAGACCCAUGGUCGUCAAGGAGACCAGGAAAUCUCUCAAGGCAACUGUUGCCAUGAGUGAAGAGUUUCCUAUCAGACUAGACAGGUUGCUGGAUGUUCUGGAGAUCAUCGCUCCCUUUAAGCACUUCCUGAAGCUGAGAGAGUUCAUCCAGCUGAAGCUGCCGUCAGGAUUCCCUGUCAAGAUAGGUCAGUCUUCCCAGCAUGCUUUGGAAAUCGACCCGCCGUCCCAAAGUCCAGCCGCCGCCGCCCCAAAGUCCAGCCGCCGCCGCCCCAAAGUCCAGCCGCCGCCGCCCCAAAGUCCAGCCGCCGCCGCCGCCCCAAAGUCCAGCCGCCGCCGCCCCAAAGUCCAGCCGCCGCCCCAAAGUCCAGCCGCCGCCCCAAAGUCCAGCCGCCGCCCCAAAGUCCAGCCGCCACCCCACAGUCCAGUCGCGCCCCACAGUCCAGCCGCCGCCCCACAGUCCAGCCGCCGCCCCAAAAACGCAGGAAUGGGAUCCUAG